UUGACAGACAAGUUAGUUGCCAGCAAAACAGAAAAAAGAAAGCUUUUUAAAAAAAAAUUUAGUUACUUUAAAAUGUUAUUAUCGUUUAACACCACACUUGACAUAUUUACAUAGCUAUAAAGUUUAGGCUACGGUAUUUUGGGGGCAAUAAACACAGACAAUAGACUUCAUAAAACUGUAAUGUAAACCAACUCAAAGUCUUCGUGCGUUAUCUUUUGAGAUAACUAAAAAGGACUGUGCACUAAGCACACUGCAGCACACUCAACAGGCAGCCAGAAGCUAGAUUCUACGGCAAGUCGGGAUCAGGAGGGCUUUAAUGUGCUGUGUUAAAAAAUGUUGAUAAAAAUACACACCGUUCUUUGUGCACAUUCAGUUGAAAGGACAUUGGUAGGCUUAAAUAGAGCUUAUCAUAUACUGAGUGCUUCAAUAAAUUUAAAAGGUCAUCCAAAGCCAAAGUCCACAAGAAAUUUGAAAAAUAAAAACCUGUGUUCAACCAUAAAAUGUUUUUCAUCUACCCCACCUGACCUGCCUGACAACCCAGAAAUAGUACUACAGAAACAAAGACCACAGGAACACUUACUGUGGAGAAAUGCUUCCAAUGAAACUUCAGAAUUUUUUAAAUUGGCUAUGAGAAAGGUACCACAGCAAGUUGUUGUGGUUACAACGGGAUUGUACCAGGCUGAAUCCAGGUCGUGGUUGAAGCGAGGUGUAACUCGCAGUACGUUCUCCAGUGUAUCAUAUCAUCCCCCCAUCAUCUCAUUUUGUUUAAACCAAGGAAGUCGCAUGCAUGACUUAAUCAAGUCUACAGGCAAAUUUGCUGUUCAUGUAUUAGCUCAAGAUCAGAUAAAACAUGGGAUCCAUUUCUCAAACCCCGCAAGAGAUGAUAGCUGUCAAUUUGAAAAUGUUCCACAUGUUCAAGGUGAAGAGGGUUUACCCAUAAUUCUGGGCUCACUGGCAGUACUUCUCUGUGACACACACUCGUACCAUGGAGUUGGUGACCACACUGUUUGGUAUGGGAAUGUUAGCGGUGUUAGUGUAUCGGAAACACUACAGGACCCUCUUAUAUAUUUCACAAGGAAGUUCCGUUCAGUGGGUGAUGAAAUAUUUCUCAAAGCAUUUGAAGAUGCAACUUUACCAUUUGAGGACUGGACACAUGAAGCUCAUCUAAGGAUGGCAUGGAAUUAUAUCACUGAACAUGGCAAAUCUGGGGCAGUGCCUUACAUAAAGUUAGGAAUUCAAAAAUACAAUGAAAAAAAUAGACAUAAGAUCACAACAGGCUACCACGAAACAAUCACAAUGUUUUUUAUUCACCUUGUGUCCGAUGCUAUAGUCUCAAGUGUAAAUGCAAAUGAAACUUUUGAGGAAUUUCUAGAAAACAAUAAACAUCUCAUGGACAAAAAUCUACUUCUUGACUACUAUAAUAAAGAAACAUUGUUCCAAGAGUCAGCAAGAAACAGAUUUAUAUUACCAGACAAGAAAAGCUUACCAUGAAGUCAUCAACUUUCGAAGCAACAUAUUAACAUAUGCAGGUCUUGAUGGAAAAUGUAGCCGACUUUGUAAAUAUGUAUGGACAAUGUAAUUUAUAACAUUCAGAAGAAAUCAGGAUUUACUUAGCCAUUACUAUUAACUAAAAUAAAUGAUAUAACA